UACUGUUCAUCGUUGACGCAUCACAUGCGUCAAUUUGCUGCGGCUGUCCUCUUGGUCAAGCGCAGCACGCUACUGGAAGAGCUUGUCAGCCUCCGCCAAGCAGCCAUGGAUUGGGCCCGUUCCAAGCUUACCUCAGUCUCCUCCUCCUUGAAGACCUUUCGCCGCAGCAAGAGCAAGGAUGCCUCGGCUGAUCAAAAGGAAGACCCACACAUGGUGGCGCCGCACCCCAUUCCCAAGGGAAAGGAGAAUGUGCCCUGCCCCAUCAACGGGAUGUUUCUCAGCAAGGAGGCUGAGGAGGCACGAGAAGAACUUGAGAAGGAUCCUGACAUUCAGGAGGAGCGCAAGGAGGAGAAGCAAGCACUCGUCCCGACCAAGAAGCUCCGGGACUUCAUUCCGAUGCAGGUCAUUCAUGGUGCACAUUGCCCUUCUGAAGCCACCCGGCGCUUGGUGGAAGAAGUUGGCCUCGAGAAGCUCCAACGCUUCACUGAGCAGUUCUAUCAGCGCUGCUUUGUAGACCCUCACAUUGAUCGCUUCAUCGCGGAGCACUCGGAGCCCCACGGCCGGCGCUUCGCCUCCUGGAUCGCCGAGAAGUUGGGCUCUGGCAACCUGUGGACCCAGGAGAGGAGGACUCGGCCCAAGAAGUUCAUGCACUUUGGCGAUGAGACUAUGCAGGUCUCGCAUGACCGCAGCAGCUCCCACUUCGCGGCCUGGUAUUCACCGAAGCGCGAGCCCGAAAAGCUGGGGCAACACUUCAAACCUGAGGAUGCGCGUGUUUGGAUGCGGCUGCACUUCUGGGCUGCUCGCGAAACAGGCAUGUAUGAAGAGCAUCCCGAAUUCAUGGACUACUACCAGCGCUUCAUUGGCCAUUUCAUCAGCAUCUACUCCUCCAAGUCGCCGCCCUUCACACGGGAGUCCGCGCGCUGGUCCGCAGACCCUGCCAACAUCGAACGAUACCAGAAGGCGGGAAACCGCAUGCUGGACGUUCUGGGGAAGGACGUGGACCAGGAGCUGCAAAGACUUCCAGAGGAGGAACGGAUCUACACCGGCUCCCGUCAUCCCAAUCCUGCCUGGCCAUACGGAAUUCAGAAGUUCUCCUUGACUUGAGGCGCUCUUGGUUUUCCCAGGCUCUUGAGAGGCUGAGAGUGUCCAAAAAGAGGAAGAUUUCGAUGGUAGGCGCUUCAGCUAUUUCACAGUGCUUAGCGCGCUUGAUUGUACAGGCCUGGUUGGCAGUGGUGCAAGCCGAUGAUGUGCUUGCACCCUUGGCAGCCUCAACCCUGGAAAUAUGAUGGGUUGCUGCUGUCUUAUCCACGCCCAAUGAAUACCGCUCGGCAUAGUUCAUUUCUUUGCAGGUAUGCCGCAGAUCAGUUGUGCGAG